GACACCCUGUUCCAGUUGAAGGUAAGCCAGCGUUGCAUUGAACUGUAGGCUUACUUUGCAAGAUUACUGACUAUUUAACUGCUUACUAGUAAUCCGUAUUAUUCGUGAGGUCGUAACGGUCGUCUUCGUCUCUUUUAAGUUCACAUGCAAACAGUUAGAAAGAUCCUCAAAGAAAUGCGAGAAGGAGGAGAAGGCACAACAAGCUAAAGUGAAAAAGGUAUCUAGUGCAUAUGUUUUGGGGUAAAACGAAUUUCGGGUCGAAAUGAUUUCAAAAUGCAAAAAGUUUUAAUACCAAGUAUGAGGUUAAACACACCUAAUUAUAGUAACCACCGUUAGUUUUCUCAAGUUAUUUAACUAGACAAUUGGACAAUGCCAUUUUUCAUUUUGAUCAAGGUUGUUUAGUUACAGUUCUACAAAUCUUAAGUACAAUCGAACCUGCAUUGAGUGGCCACCCAUGGGGAAUGGAGAGGUGACUGGCUAGUUGCUUAACAUAGGUUCCAAGGAAUAAGGGUAUUAUUAAAAACAAUAAAAACACCAUUUUAUGCAAUUAUGACCUCUUAAUGUACAAAGCCUCAUUCAAAAAAUAAUUAUUGGAAGAUGAACAAGGAUGAAAUUUUACUUGAGAGAUUGUUCUUAGUUUUAUUUAAAUGGUUCCACUUGAACUGAUGGUUCAAUAUGAAUAGAAGAUUAAAAAAAAAGGCCAUUGGGAGUCAGUCAAGGGUGUCCAAGACUGCUCAGUGGGGGUGAACAUUACAGUAAUUAAGGGGAAAAAAUUUGGGGCAGUUGACAACCAACAGCUUAAUACAGGGUGGCUGCUUAAUAUAGUGCUGCAUAAUACAGGUUUGACUGUACAUAAUUCAUUUAUUAUUAAUUUAACUGUACAUUGUAAUUGGCAAUUUGUGUGAUCGUGUAAUCUUACACUAGGUCCCUGUUUUGCCCUUGAUCAGAAAAACAAUUCAGUAGUUAUGUUAAUAGGACUGAGUGGAGUCCAAUUCAUUUUGUUAUCAUGCAAGUGAUUCACAAAAUGAGACAAAUGUGAAGUGGGAGUCUGUUUUUUAAUCACUAGUAAAAGUAUUGACUGAAUUAGAUGACGUAAAGUUCUUUUACCGAUUAAUGAACACUAAGACAAAAUCUGAGAAAUAUACUGGCCAUUAAAAUAUCAAUAACAAGAACAACACUUACAAGUGACUUGGCAAAAUCCACAUUAACUUUCCCAGGAUGUGAUGGUAGUUCAUAACAAGUUUCCCCCUCCUUCUCUCAAAGCAUUGUUUACUAUCCAUUGAAUACUUAAACAUGAGUUCCAAUGUACCAUUCAUGAGUGAGUGAUGUAACAGCAAAUAAAUGCCUGUUAUAGAUGUAGAGAAAAUGAGAAGUAUUCUUCACAUAUUGCAUGAGAUACAAACACACACAUUCACCUUAACUAUACUUGUUUUAAAAUUGAUCGCUUAUAAGUAUAUUUUUAAUUUAAGUAACCACAGAUGAUAAUCACAUCAAAUACAUGCAUCUCUUUGCUUUCAUCUUGUAGGCUCUACAACAAAAAAAUAUUGAAGGAGCGAAGAUUUAUGCAGAAAAUGCAAUCAGAAAGAAAAAUGAAGGGUUGAAUUAUCUAAGACUUGCUUCUCGUGUAGAUGCAGUGUCAUCAAAAGUUCAGAGUGCCAUGAUGAUGAAACAGGUACAUGUUACACUUUUUAACUGAUUCCCUGCCUCCUUUCUGCAUGACAGCCUGUUCAAAACCACUAUUGUUUUGUUUCCCAUCAUUUUCUCUCUUGUGUUAGUGGGUUGGUCAGUUGGGCAUUUAAAAGGAAAGAAAACUUAAAGGAAAAAGUUAACUGAGGGAGCCUGGUUGUGUUUGAGCAUUUGUGUGUUCAUUUUCUUUCUGAGUUAAGCAUUUCCUAUUUUAUUUAUUUAUUAACUGGCUUAAAAAUUAGGAAUUAAUGAUAACUGAUCAAAAUAAGACUUGUCACAUGCUUUUCUACAAUUUUCUAUUAUUGCUUUUCAAAAUAAAGUCAAGAUCAUGUGUUUUACCCCUUUCACUCCCAGGAUUUCAUUAGUAAUUCUCUUUAGAGUCUGCCAUACAAUUCCUAUGAUGUUAGUUUGGAGAAUUUGUAUUGAAUCAACUAAUAAUCCCCCAAUUGAUAUUUUUUCUUUAUUCUUAUCACUAUUCUGCUUCACUUAGCAAUAAUAAUGUAAGGAGAAAUUCUGUCUUGGUCACUCAUGGGAGUUAAAGGGUUAAUAAAUAAUAGGGAAUGUAGAUUGAACUCAGUGGUGAUCUUGGGAUAGUGUAUAGUAUCUUGGAUUAUUAUCUUUUUUCAUGGAGGAGGGGGGAUGUUGGUCAGACAAAAAGAUACAUGAUGGUUUAUGGCAUUGGUAAGAUGUAAUAACACACACUAAUGAGUCAGCAUUCAUGAAACUAUAUUGUAUUGAUCAGGAAGGAUGAAUACCUUUGAAUCACUUCAUGCAAGCUGUGCGCACAAGGCUGUACUAAACACUUGGAAAAAAAGCUCCAAGAAAAUUCACCAUGCAGCAAAUUGCAUGUUAUGGUCCUAAUGUGUAAUAUUUUUCUCAGGUUACUAAGAGCAUGGAUGGUGUGGUUAAAGGGUUAGAUAAAGCUAUGGCAUCCAUGGACCUGGAAAAGGUACUUUAUUUACAUUUUUUGAAAACAUAUGGUCACUCAAGGCUCCAAGGUCCCUUUUUCGAAAAGUCACCUUUUGGCAACCUUCAUCUACAAAAUGGUUGCCAUAGAUAACUAUUUGGUUGCCAAAAAAAAAUUGUGAUAUCAGUGGGAGUACACUUCAUGCUGUGUCAUUGUAAGUGUGAUAAUUCAACCAAUCAUCAAUAGAUUUUUCAAUUUUUUUUCAAAUCUGUUAGUUGCCAAUUGGCAACUUUCACUGCAGUUUUGAGCAACAAAUAUAUUUUUCUCACCAUGGUGACCAAACUGGUCCCAACUUGGAGGGCUACCCAAGGGAUUUUCAUGCAAGUUACAGUACACUUUUGUUAAAGGGUAAUAUUUCUGUGUGAGCCCCCUGUUGGAUUGUGUGAAUAUGGAGAAUGUUUUAAAGAAGAAAAUGCACCUUUACUGCUUAAAUGCCAUAAUACUCGUGUGAAAAUGUUGAGAAAAAACAAGCUAUAAGCUAAGCUGUACCCCCAAGUAGUCAGCAAUUUCCAUCAUUUUCCUCUUUGUUCUCAGAAGUCUCUUUCUCUAUCUAUAUCUGAAGUGUUAACUCUUCUCACGUAAUGGAAGUUAUGGUUGUGUUGGCUUCAGUUGAAGAUCAUCCACAUGAAUGCUGUCUAGUCAUAAUAUCAUGAUAACAUUUGCAAGUAUUACACCUCUAGUUCACAUUACAUCUUAAAACUAGUUCAUCAGGAUUUAAUCUGCAAUAAGUCUGAUUUUAAGUGUUUCAAUUUUUUGAUCAUGUAGAUUUCAGCUACCAUGGAGAAGUUUGAGGGCAUGUUUGAAGAUCUUGAUGUUAAUACUCAGGUAGAAUUGAAAUGUUUUCUAUUGCUCCAUUUUUCAUCUUUUUAAUAUUUCAUCGUUAAAAGAAGUUCUAGACUGAAAGACAAUCAUAUUUGUUUCACAUUACAUGUGAUACUGUUUUUCCAGGUCUUGGAAAAUGCAAUGGGAGAAGCAACUACAUUGUCCACUCCUCAAGACCAGGUACUUCACAUGUAGGCUGCUUAUUUACCUGACAGAGAAAGCAUUUUUAUUGCAAAUUUGUCCAUGUAGUGCUUGAUGAAAUUACAUUUUGUGUUGAAGCAUGCAAAGUGUAAAGAGAUGUCAUAAACACUCUUAUGAGCUCCCCAGUGGUUACUAACCAUUAAACAUUCUAAUUUCUUUGUAUAGUAUCACAGGGGUAUCAAAAUUUUUGCUUAUGAAAAUGAAGAGAAUGGAUCUCGACUGAAUGAGCUCUUGAUGGUUUUAUGAAAUUCUCAUAGUCAGUUAGAUGGGAAUGUGUAAAGAACAGUUUGGAGAUUAUGCCUACUGAUGUUAGGUUGUUAAGAUUUAAUGACGAUCAGCCAAGUUUGAUCACCUAAUCCCUGUAUUAAACAUCUCCACGUACAUUUACUGUUGUUGAUCAGGUUGAAGCACUUAUUCAGCAAGUUGCAGAAGAAAAUGGUCUUGAGAUAAUGAGUCAGUUGGAGGCUGUACAGCCUGGUACAUCAUCAUUGAGAACUCAAGAGUCACAAAGAAGUCAAGGAGAGGAGGAUCAGCUUAGUAAAAGGUGA